AUGUCCGGAUAUGCAUCGCAAGGCUAUAGCAGUGGACCGAAGAGAGAUCCAGCAACGGGAUUGCCAAUCUAUGUUUUACCUAGAAAAAGCAGUUUAAACUGGAGUGGCGAAGAGGCAGAUUCCCAACGAUACGGAGCUCAGUCCAGACGAGCAACUUUGAGCGCUGCUGAUGAAGCUCGUAAUCGAGCUAGAAAAGCUGCUGGUUUACCAGAAUCUCGCGGUGCAACUUCACCGAAAGAAGCUACGAUAGUGGGAACUAUUCUAUCCACUCUUGGUGUAGACGAUGAAUCCAAACCUGAAGCAUGGCUCGAACGUGUAGCUCAAGAGAAGAAGAAGGAGGAACGUAGGCGUAAAGAAGAAAACGAGUGGAGAUCUAAUGAACGUUCCAAUGACCGUAGCAGUGAUCGAUGGAGUGAACGAAACGUUCCAUCUACGUCGUCAACCGUACCCCGAUACAACAACACACCUCGAGUAAACACUGGUUACGUUCCAAGCAACGAAGGAUCUGAUCCCGAUAGUAGGCACCAUACUCCAUCAUCACAAUCUCCUACGUCAUCGUCGCCGCACUCCCCGAUGUCUCAUCCGCCGCCACCACCACCACCACAAACAAUGCCAAUGCUUCAGUCGAUACAAGGCCCACCAUCAUACGGAAACUCAAAGAACGCUAAAUAUACCAAAGCAGAAGAAGCCCGAAACAGAGCUAGAAAGGCAGCCGGUCUGCCUGAACUUCCACCAUCCGGCGCCCCUCCACCAUCAAAUCCAAUCUUGUCGUCGCUCGCAAAUCUCGGCAUCCCAGUACCCAAACUAGACAAGAAACCCGAGCGAUGGCUUGAGAAAAUAGACAAGCAACGUAAACGUGAAGAAGCUAUUGCCAUCAUAUCGGGCACAGAAGACAAAUACAAGGAAGAACAACAACGUAAAGUGCCUGAAUAUAUUAGAAUGAGGAAUUCGCAGAUGGGAUAUCCUACUGCGGGUAAUUUUAGAGAACGGCCUAUGAAUUGGGAUGAUUAUGAUACUCAGUCGCAGCAUGGGUCUUCCUCUACUCGAGCAGAAUAUGGAUAUAGUAUGGACAGGUCAUCUGAAAGGACAUUUAACGAUGAGCCUCGAGAUUCCAGAUACAAUAGAGAUCAUAAUAACUCUAGAGACUCGAGAUACAAUGAUGAUUCCAGGAACUCCAACAGGAACUCGAGUUAUAAUGAUAAUUUUGGGAACUCGAGAUAUAAUGAUGAAGCCAGGAGCUCGAGAUAUAAUGAUGACUCCAAGAACAUAUACAAUGAAGAGUCGAAGAAUACGUAUAACGAUGAUCGGCAGAACACAUAUGAUGAGGAGUCGAAAGUGUCACGGUCUAGAUAUGAAGAGAGGAAUAACGGGGAUCGAGAGUCAAGAUACAAUGACAGCGAACGAUACAAUGGCCAGUCUAGGAAUUCUGACAGAUACGACAAUGACUAUCGAAACUCGGAUAGUAGAAGGAAUGAAGAUCGAUACAGCAAUAAUGACAACGAACCUCGCUAUAGUAGAAACUCGGAUAGAAGGAACGAGCCUUCUACUUCGUCCACCAGGAAUGAAGAUCGAUACAAUAGUGAAAACGAACCUCGUUACAAUACCGAGGCAAGACGAUACAAUGAUAGGAAACCUGAUAUAAGACAAGAUGACGAGCCGGCAUAUGAUCGAGAAUACUAUGGUACUCGACAAUAUGAUCAUCGACGAUAUGACGAUUCGGACAGUAAACCGGUGUCUCCCUCACAUGAGUAUGAGAGGGAGAGAGAUUCUCGUCGCCGAGAUUCUCAUAGCAGUCCUCCACCAACGCCGAAAUCUCAGUAUGUGGAGAAGGAGAAGAGGGAGACUCAACAGAUGAAGGACGAGUUGGUAGAGAAGAGAAACUCUCAACCUCAGCAAAGGAAGGACGAAUACGUUGAGAAGAGAAACUCUCAACCUCAGCGGACAGAAGAAUUUGUAGAGAAGAGAAACUCCUUGCCCAAACAGCCGAGGGACGAGUAUGUGGAGAAGAGAAACUCGCAACCUCGACAACCAAAGGAGGAGUAUGUUGAGAAGCGAAACUCUCAACGUCAGCAGUCAACGGAGGAAUAUGUAGAGAAGGGAAACUCUCAAGCACAGCCGAAAGCUGAACAUGAGACGAAAAGAGAUUACCGUAUUAGCACGACACCUGAGAACAGACGUGAGUCUCGGGACUCAGCCAAUAAUAAUCACGGCAACAAAAAUGAUAUCAAACUUGAUGCUAGACCAGAAUCAAUCAGAUCGGCAUCUCAACGUGAUUCAUACCCCAACAACAGUAAUAAUGAUAUCAAGCGUGAAUCUAUAAAGUCUGCUUCUAAACGUGAGUCAUACCCAACACCAAUGGCAUCACCCAAACAAGUUACACCUGAGCCGGAACAUUACAAGGAUGAAGACUUGUAUGAUGAGCAUGAAGUUGAAGAAGAACAUAGUGUUGCCAAGCCCUCUGAAUCAACUCCAGUGCAAAACGCUGAGGACAAUGAACGGCCCAGAUCAGUAUCAUCUGUAGAAUCAUUUUAUUCUCUAGCAGCGGAAUCUAAUGGCUCAGAACCAACAGAGGUUGUUGAACAGCAUGUCGUAUCUGAACCAUCCCGCAAUUAUGACGCCCAGGAUUUUAUACGAGAGUCUCAAUACUCUACCCAUAGUAAAGAAUACCAGCUGGAUCACCGCCGUCGUGACUCCUAUGAAGACCGAGAGCCAGAUCAAGAUAGGAACUACGGCGCUACCAGAGCCGUUUCGCCAUCCUCUUCUGUUCGCGCCGAGCAGUCACAAUAUGGUAGUAAUGCCACCAAGGUGUGGUUUGUGAAGCCUCAAGAGCUUCCGUAUCUAGUCGGUGAGGCCACGAUUGGUGAGAAUCUACUUGGCAAAGGCCCUAAACCGAAGAUAUUGGUCGACGAAAACGGCGUAAAGUGGCCAGGGGUGAUUGAGCCUCCCCUUGGAGUGAAUGGACCUGGACCAAAGUCGAGAGAUAUCGUCAUGAGUGGAGGCGCAACAGCCAUAAUAGCGUACUGCAUCGCAUCAAUACUGUUAACAGUAACAAACAAGUUGGUACUUUCAGGAUACUCGUUUCGUAUGAACUUUUUGUUGCUAGCUUGCCAAUCAUUCGCAUGUGUUCUAUUCCUUCAAAUAUUCUCGUCACUAAACUGGCUCUCAUACCGGAAAUUCAAAUUACAUGACGCAAAACGUUGGUUUCCCGUAUCGCUAGGAUUGGUAGCAAUGAUAUGGACAGGCUCGAAAGCAAUGCAGUAUUUAUCGAUACCCGUUUUCACGAUAUUCAAGAAUCUGACUAUUGUGAUGAUUGCGUAUGGGGAAUUGUGGUUUUUCGGUGGAUCGCCCGUGUCUCCGUUGAUGCUGAUAUCGUUUACGUUGAUGGUGUUGAGUUCGGCUGUUGCUGGAUGGGCAGACAUAUCAGCUGGAAAUAUAUUCAAAGUUGGUGCUGCAGAAGUUAGCCCUGCUGUUUCAUAUGGCUGGAUGUUUCUGAAUUGUGGCACGACUGCAUACUAUACACUCUACAUUCGUGGUCAAAUCAAAGAAAUUGGAUUUAAGGACUACGAUACCGUCUAUUACAACAAUCUAUUAUCUGGAAUCGUGCUGUCUGCCCUAUCAGUCCUAACAGAAAUACCCGAAGGAGUACGGACAUGGAACAAAUAUCUAGGGCCAAGUGCUACAGAGGAUGAUUCUUCAGCGUUUAAUGGACUGGUGAUGGGUAUCAUCUUCUCUAGCGUGCUUAGUUUUGGGAUAUCGUAUACCACUAGUUGGUGUUUACGUGUAACGAGCUCGACUACUUACAGUAUGGCUGGAGCUCUCAAUAAGCUGCCUAUAGCGGUAGCCGGGAUGAUGUUCUUUUCAGAUCCUGUUACUCUGGGGAGUGUUACUGGUGUCGUGAUUGGAUCUGUCAGGCGGAUAGUUACGAACUCGAAGGCCUCAGUACCGGUUUCAAUACCAGCUGUCUUCCCCUCAUCGAAUCGAGGUGACAAAGCUGUGAAAUCCGACACAUCAACAAACCAAAACCAAGAUGGCAACUAUGAUAAAGAGGGGCAACCCACCAUAGUAGAUGGCACUUACUCUGAGAACGCUAGAUUUAGGAAAUCGAAACCGUUAGAAGAUCGUGAAUACAGCACAUCCGACAUCAAUGUUGGAAUCUUAAACCAGCUGUAUGGGCAUCUCGUAAAAGUAGUCUCAUUCGCAAACGCAUUUCGAAGCUCAAACUUUGAGAAAGUGGCCGUGAAGCCUGGUGAAAUCGACAUGCCAAAAGAGAACGCUAACGAGACGCCCACGACUGGUGCAACACUUGACAACCUACGUCGGUUUUUGGUACAACAUGCUCAGCGUGAGCGCCCUACAGCCCGUCUAAACCCAACAACGUCAGUGGUGCCUUUAGUGAAUCGUACGUUUUUGUCGCACGAUACAGGGCCGGGAACGCAUUCGCAACGGGUCAAGAGGAGUGGUGUGGUUAGAGCUGCACAUGCGAAGGAGGACGCUCAAUUAUAUAAACAACCGUUGAGUGUGCUUUGGGAGUCGUUUAUGGGAUCUGGUGGUGGUAAUAGUAUGAGUGGAUUUAAUUCGUUGGUUGAAGAGCGCAUACAAGCUGCUAGACGAGAGGGGCUGUUUGAUAAUCUGAAGGGUCGCGGACAGCCGCUGAAGGAGGAGGAUGAACGUCUCGGCAACCCAUAUCUCGACGCAACGACAUUCUUCCUGAACCGUAUGGUAAAAAAUCAAGGCCAUCUCCCACCUUGGAUAGAAAUGGGAAAAGACAUUGACUCCAACAUACUGAAAUCACGACACGAACUACUUACAAUGAGACGCGAAUGGUUGAGCAAACAUUCUCCCUUCCAACCUCCUAAAGCAUCGCCAUUCCAAACUGUCAAUAAUCCCGUCGUAUGGCCUUUCAUCAAAGGCCAGAGCUCAACACCUCCUGUUACCCACACAUCUCAAGCGCUGAAGGAGUGGGAAACGAGAGCGCUGAGUUGGGCUACUGUCAGGUGUCAGGAGACGAAUGGGAUGAUUAGGAAAUUUAAUAUUGAGGCUCCGAGAGGUAUUCCGCAACGGUUUAUGCUGAAUCCUGCUAAUGAGGUUAAACGAGCUGAGAAGGCUGCUGAAGCGGCUGUGAAGAAGGAGUAUGACGAAAAGGUGGCCGAAAGCGAGAUUCGGGAACGAACGAUGGUUGUUGGUGGUGCUCAAUAG